AUAUAUAAGCUCUCCAUGGAUCUCAAAGCGCACAAAUUCAGUGCAGAAGCUCCUCAGCGAUUCACAGGAAGAGAGAGAGUCAAUAAGGACAUGGAAUCGUGGUUUCGGAGGGCCAAAACACUCGCUGGUGACGCAGCAAAGAUAUCUGGUAACAUUGUUACAGAAACCACCAAGAAAACAAAGCAAUUGGUUUCCAAUGUCUCCAUUAAACCAAACCUCCUCAAGACAGAAACCAUAACAGAAACCCAUGGCAUCAAAUCUUCUUCUCCAACAAAAUCCACCUCUUCUUCCUCCAAUUCCUCUGAAGAUAGGUUGAAAUUUGGAGUCACUGAUGAAUUAAUAGUGUUUGUUAAAGGUUUCACUAUAGAAACCUUCAAGGAUUUCAGGCUCCAAGCUGAUGAAGGGAGGCCUUCGAAUGAUCCGGCAGUGGGGAAUGUGCGCCAGGAUCUCACAGAAUGGCAAGAGAAACAUGCCAUGAUAAUUCUUUCAUCAGUUAAGGAGAUUUCACACCUUAGAUAUGUUCUUUGUCCACGACAUAUGAAGGACGGACAAUUCUGGGGAAUAUACUUUAUGCUUGUCAAAAUUUAUGUGUCUCCAUAUGAGUUACGUGCUGUGCGAGAGUCAAAGCUCAGGCAAAUGGCACAGGAGUCUGCGAAUCCAACAAAGCAAGCAGCCUAUGAGGUAGAAAUGACAGAGGCAAACCCAGCAAAACAUAUAUCAGAACAAGAUUUAGAUGCAUUCCUUUUGGGAGACCUCAGAAGCUCUGAUGGAGAACAUGAUGAAAGGCAUGUUGAUCUAGAUGAGGAUCUAAUAAAACCAUGAGCUAGAAAUUCUUUCAUCACUGGAGAUGUACCAUGUUCCUGUAGCUUGAUUGAGCCCUUCAUGUUGCAACAUUUGAGGCUGUUGGUUUAAACAAACAUUCACACAUUCCAACAAAAAGGAGAAGGAACAAAUUUGGAGACAACAAUCUCUACUUCUUUUCCAUGCAUGCAUGGAUUUAUGAAUGGGCAAAUGGUUGAGAGUUGGAAUGGAAGUUUCAUGAGCUAAGGGUCCUUGUGACAUGCACCCAUGUACUGUCCGAUUCAGUGUGUUGAGAGAGAAAAGUAUUGUUGCUGACUAAAGACUCAGGAGCAACCAAAGAAACCUCGAAGCUAUAACACCACCAAACUGCUAAAGAAAUCUCGAAGCUAUAACUCGAAAUCGUAAAGGUUAGUCAAUUAUUCUUGCAAGUGGAUGGAGAUGCACCGGGUCCACAUGCAAUUAUAUGCAUGAGGGCAUGGUUGUGGUGCUGAGGUUUGAAUGUGUAUAUGUACCAGGCACAUUCAUGUGUGCAUGCAUCCUAGUACUGGUGCUAUGGUGGAAUAAUGAAUUCAGUUGGUAUGAUUGUAUGAAUACUAUUUCCAUUGUAUUUAUGAAUUCAACAGGCUCCUUUUUUUUCUUCUUUGGAAAUAGAUGUUUGUAAAUGAAUUUAGGACCAUAAAAUUCCUCCUUUUUUCUGUCCCUCGUUUAGCAUGUGGAUCGAUAUGACUUUUCAAUCAUGAACAAUAUGAUGUUAAUGGUCU